CGGUUAAACAGACGUGUAUCUUUGCGUCAAACGGAAACAGUUCUACAUAACAUCUGAAACAUGAAUAGUACUACAAACCGUCGCUCGUUGGAAAUGUGUCGCAUCGGUAUUCUCUUCUAAUGAAUUCAAACUUGGAAAAGCAACAACAAUAUCCAGAGAUGAAUAACGAGACAGGGAGCAUCUCUAUCGACCAGGGAGGAGAGUGGGAUGUAAGCUUGUUUGAUGAGUUGGACAACCUGGGAGAUGCAGAUGAACUGUUUCAAGCCUUGUAUAGUACUGGUUAUGCCAGUGAGGGUCCACAUCUGGACUUUGACAUUGAUAUACCGCCAUGGAAUGUAAUGGACACAAGCAGCACCUGCACAGAUGGUGAGGUGAGCAUGGGCUCUCAGUCACCUGCCCACACUCUGAGCUCUGUCCCGUCUCCUUCUUCUGUGGAAGUUCUGUCCCCUUACUCCCUGCACGAUGAGGCCCUGUCACCACAGUCACAGCACUCACCUUUUUCAGUCUGCUCAGAGUCCAGUGGCUUUUCUGAAAUCUCUUCCCCAACCAAAACGGGUCAAAAGAGAACCAACCAGACAACACGAGCCAAACCAACUCAGGCUGUCAAGAGGCCGAUUCAGACGGGCCCCAAAGUUUCCAUCCAGCCCAAACCGCUUAUCACAGCUGUGCCAUUAGCAUCAGCAGCCGCUCCCCUUCAGGCUAAGACAAUCAUCAUCCAGCCCCUGCAGACCACUUUGCUGCCUGUGGUCAAACCAGCUCCAAUCAACAUCCAACCAGCGCCCCCUCCAGGUCGUGCUAUAGUGCUUUCUCAGCCAAGCCAAGUGCUACAGAUCCAAACACCACAGGCCAUCACCAGCAAUGUGGUCACCAUGUCAACACUCAGCCAUGACAGGCCUGUCCCAGUUCCUGUCGCGGCGCCACCAUUAGUCUCUGUCACACUUCGAACCUCUUCCUCAGAUGAUGAUUCGAAGUUAUCCCAGAGACAGCAGCGCAUGAUUAAGAAUCGCGAGUCAGCAUCUCUGUCUCGGAAGAAGAAGAAAGAGUAUCUGCUUACGCUGGAGGCCCGCCUGAAAUUAGCUUUGUCCGAGAAUGAGGCACUCAAGUGUGAGAAUGGCAACCUCAAAAGGCAGCUGGAGGGUCUGCUGUGCGAGAGCACAGUACUAAAAGCAACAGCGCCCAAGAGGAGAGCUGUGUGUCUCAUGGCGGUUUUGGUGUUCAUUGUGCUAAAUGUUGGACCAACAAGUUUGUUUCAGGGUGGUCCAGGCUCCAAGCUUGAAGUUGUUUCCACGCAGCACAGCGGCAGACACCUGCUGGGUUUCUCUCCAGAGGCAAACACUGAGGUCGUGAUGGGCCCUGAGCCCCUCGACGGCAGCCCCUCUAAGAUGGCCGACAGCUCCGAGGAUAAGGCCUUGAUGGUGGUGAAAGAUCCCAUCUUUCUCAGACCUCCCCCACCCUGCCAGCCUCCUGUUAACAGGACCAAGUGUAUAGAGUUGGCCCAUGAGUUGAGGGGUUGGGUUCACCGCCAUGAAGUGCAGCAGACCAAAUCCAGGCGCAUGAGUAACAACAAUCACAAACCCACCAGGACCAUUCUGAAAACAGAGAAUAAGGAGGCUGCCCAGAUUGUGACGGUCCAGUACACAGAAACUACUCAGGAAAAGAAUCCUGGCAAUGAGUUACAGGUGUACUAUGCACCUCAUAACACCUACACUGACUUCUUUGAUGAGCUUAACCGUCGUGGCGACACUUUCUACGUGGUGUCUUUCCGCAGGGAUCAUCUUCUACUUCCUGCCACCAGCCACAAUAAAGGAAGUCCACCGAAGAUGUCUUUGGUGUUGCCUGCAAUGAACAUAAAUGAGAGCGUCAUCAGGGACAAAGAUUUUCAGGUGAUGAUGCAGAUCGACUGUGAAGUAACGGAUACCAGGAUCCUGCACAUCAGGUCUUCCUCAAUUCCUCCUUCGUUCCGGGUCAACCACACAGACGUGUUUUACCAGCACUCCCCGACCAACAGCCAGGCCACGCCUCCUGUUGGUGUGCUGAUGGGGUCUGCCUAAAAUUACCCAUCAGCACCCACGUUAUUUCUUAACCACUCAACAAAACCCAUGAAAGUUGAUAAAUAAUAUCAUGAAGCUGUCGUGCUCUCGCUGACAUAAUAAUACAAAAUAGAUAUGAAUGUUUUCUGUAGAAACCCAACCAUUAGCCACAGUCUUUCAUAGCAAUGACACCCAGAAGUCGCCUGUAACUGGGUCCAAGCAGAUGCGAGUUCCAUGUGUGGUGAGACCGACUUCACCCUUUGACCCUAGACAUCCCACAGAAGGGUAACUGCUUAGUGCCAGGACACAGAGCAUUGAACAUGGGAUUCUAAC